AGUAAAGAACAUUGACACAUCGUUCACUGUUUCUACAUUCAUUAGGAAAAAAAUCACACAAAAGUAUGGAGACCACAGAAAACAGGGUAAAAGGUGGAUACAACGAAAUAGAGAUUCAAGAUGAUUUCAGUACAGAUGUUCAUCCUCUUUAUUCAAAGGUGACCAGGUUUACCGUCAGAGAUGGACCAGUCUCUAGGUCUUAUCGAAUGGCAGCUAUAGUUUUGGGGAUCCUAAGUGCAGCAUUUCUUUUCAUUCUUAUAGGACUGGGUGUUCACAUUAAUAAGGUGACAGACAAACAUGACACCUUGUCUCUCAACUCAUCAAAAAUCUUUGCACAACUUGCCCAGCUCCAGUCCGAUCACAAAAGCCUGACUGAGUCCAAAACUGCACUUCAGAAGAAGCACAAUGAAGACACCAGACUAAUCACAUCUCUGCGGUCUGACAUGAAUGCACAGACAAGACUGAAAGAUAAUCUACAGACACAAAAUCGUAACUUACAGGAAGAGACCGGAAAACUGAAAACCCAACUUACAAAUCUUGAAGAAAACUGUGGCAAGUGCUUACCAAACUGGGUGUUGAACAACAGCACAUGUUAUUACUUUGCUGUAUCUGACACAACUCCUCGCAAAGGCUGGGAUGGAAGCAGAGAUGACUGCAAGAAAAAAGAAGCUGACUUAGUCGUUAUUGAAACAGAAGAGGAAGAGAUUUUUAUUGUGGAAACAAUAAAAGCACUUAGGUACAACUUACCAUUCAGCUAUCGAAAUGGAUUUUGGAUUGGACUAAAGGACGACCAUACAGAAGGAAUCUGGAGAUGGCUUAAUCAGAGCAUUCUGACACAAGGGUACUGGAAUGAUGGCGAGCCAAAUGAUGAAUUCUCUAUAGAGGAUUGUGCAGCUGUUUAUCCAUUUAGGAAUCCACUAAAAGCCUGGAAUGAUGCACCAUGUUCGCAUCCACUAAAAUGGAUCUGUGAAAAGCCAAUUGAUGAAACUUCCAAAAUUCCACAGUAAACCAUGUCCAUCUGUUAUUUUCAACAUUGGGAUUGUUUCAGCAAAAAUUCAUCAAAACUGUGAAUGAUUUACAAAGACAUAGAGUACUUUGCUUUACACGUACACAUUGAUGAGCCAAAACAUUUGGGACACCAACCUCUGAACUGCAGAGAUAUAGACUCCACAAGACCUCUAAAGGUAGGUAGUAUCUGAUCUGGUAGUAUCUGAGGGUAGAAAGUAUCUGUUACCAGCAGGUCCUGGAAAAAACAUGAUUUAUUGAACCAGCCAACCUUCUUCUACGGCUCCAAUAUUCAGUUUAAUUCCUACAUGCUCAUUGUAAGCCUCUUAGGUCUUUUUGCCCCUAUCUGCUGCAUUUAAUAUACAGUACUUACUACAAGUAGCUACCAUCAGUUCAUUAGUUAUGAUAUUCCUGAUGGUGACGUACAGGUUUGGGGGGUGGUCCUUGUGUUUUGGCUCAUCAGUGUACAGUUGGGACUUUAUUAAGUGUAACAAACCUCAGACUAUAGCUCAUAACAAUACUAAUUCACUAGAAAUGCUAAAAGCAGCUCUGCUAGCUUAAUUUUUUUGUAACGAAUUAUCAUGAAAAAAACACUGCUGUGCAUGCCACACAGCUCCAGUCAUGAGGGCCUGAAUUUAUUCCUCAUCUCUGACCCUCAUCUGGGAUAACUACUGUUUUCUUUUCAUUACACAAAACACGCACAAAGUUUAUUGACUGCUUCAGAUUAUACAAAUGUUAUCCAGUGUUAUCCAGACUGGCAGGUGAUCCACCUAGGAUACUCAAUGCUUACCGUCAGAGACUCUAAAAAAAACGUAAAAUGUCUGUUUAUUGAUAGCCGAAUGAGGGACUGUGUCCAGUUAAACCUGGAUCCCAAAUGUUCCUCAUUGUAAAUAAAAACAACUGUGCUAUCCUGUUUUGAGACUGUAUAGGUUUGCCUGUUUGUCUUUUUAACAAAAUUAAAGAUUGCAGUUGUGCUGUCAGGAAAACAAUGCUUGUUAUUUGAAGAUCGCAAGAUAAAAUGAAACAGAAUUAUAUAGCAUAGCCUUCUUGUCCACAACUUUGUGCAAACGUGGAAUUAUGUUUUCUUGCAUUUUUCUGAAUUAUAUAGUAAACAGUUAUACUGUACGGUAAAGCAUAGUGCACAGUGUCUAGAGAUGUUUCAAACCCAAUUUCUGAAAAAGUAAGGACAUUUUGUAAAAUGCAAUUAAAAUCAAUAAGAAGCAACCAACAGUGUUUCAAAGAGGCAAAAUAGUGGGUAUAUGGUAACAAACACAUCAGCAACACAAAUGGAAAAACAAAUAUUGUUUUAAGAGGAAAAGUCUCAAAAGUUGUGGCAGCAUAUAUUAACCAAAUCCCAAAAGUAGAGCCACAAAACAGUACAUCAUUAUCUUCACAUUACUGGAGUUCGAAACCUUAACCAGACAAUCAUUAGAUGCACCAAAUGUUAGACUGAGUGAGGCUCAAAGUUUAUCUGCAGAGAGCAAAAUUAUCAUAACAAUUAUAAAACAAUGACCUAGAUACAAAAAAUUCAGGAAUUCCAACCCUGGAUCCAAGCAGUAGUGGGCUAUAGUAACUUACAGAUGCACCACCAGAUUGCCUUUAAUCAUUGUCUUUAAAAAAGUACAUUUACUAUUACUCUAAUACAUUUAUUUAGCAUUUGUAAUACUAAACAUGUUUUACAGAGCUGCUUUACACAGUUCCACAUUAUGGAGUUGCUAUAGCAUCAUGAAGGGAAGAUGCCACAAUCACUACUAUUACCAGUGUUAUAGUCUGUCAUACAGUAACCUUACUCUGGUGCUUCAAAUAAUUUUUUUGAUAUGAUUUUUUUUAUUAAUCUGAUAUGUACAUAAUUGUAUCUCUUUGUACAUAAUGAAAAAAUCCCUAAAUACUUUUCACCAAUAAAUGUAGAUAUACUGUAUAUAAUUAUGAGGAAAAGUUUUUGUUCCAAAUAAAUCUUAAAAUAAAUAAUAGCUUAGAUUUUUUUCUAGAAAAACAACAAUGAUGAGAACUUUCAAAAGCUAUAAACAUAUAAAAUGCUGGUACAGAAAACUCAGAGCACAGAAAAGUGUUGUCUGAGGUUCUUCAGGAUCUGCUGAGUGUCCACAUGCUCAGGAAACGCAUCCUCAGACUUCUGGGCAGCCAUGUAGCUACUCUGAAGAUCACCCAUCUUUCAAAUACACACACACACACACACACACACACACAGAGAGAGAGAGAGAGAUUGAUUUACACAAACAGAAAAUACAUAUUGCUUUGUUUCCUAUGUAUUUUGCACCAAUUUCUUUGAUUUCUAAUAAUUUAAUAUCUGUUGCUUGACUCCACACACGUGCACUUGGUAGGAGCCGGAUCUAGUAGUACUGCUAUGAUCUUUAUCUUUAAUUAAUUUAUCUUUAACUAUCUUUAACUUCCUUCAGGAUCAAUAACGUAUGUAUGUAUGUAUGUAUGUAUCUGUCUGUCUGUCUGUCUGUCUGAUCAAACGGGCAAGUCCACCUCUGAAAAGCUUAAAAGAAAAAUUAAAGUUUUGAAGUGGCCAAGUCAAAGUCCUGACUUAAAUCAUAUUGAGGGUGUGCAGAUUGACCGUAUGUUUUACACUAAAAAAUCCUCCAGUGUACCUGAAUUAAAACAAUGCUCCUAAGACAAAAUCCCAAAAUUCCUAAGAGUUCUACAGUUCCCCUUAACUGCCUUUUGCAUAAAAAGUGGACAGUGAAAAUUGGGACCUGAAAGCACUUUUUAAUAUUCUUUAGCAGCUUUAUUGGCAUCAAUUAGCUUUAUUUUAGAUUUAUAGUUAGCUGUUUAAAGUUUGCUGGGUGUUAGCACAUGGUUUGAAGUGUCAGAAUUUAUUAUAAUCGGGAAUGGCCAUCAGCUAAUGAUUCCUAACGAUUCCUCACUGUUGAUUUGCCUGACCAAUCCUAACAAGUCAAUCAAGGCCAAACCAGUUAAUUAAGUUCUGAAAUUUUACAGCUGGAAGGAUAUUCAACUAAUGGUACAAAAUACAAUUACAGUACUAUUACUUUGUUUUAUUAAGGUAUUUACUUUCUGGUAUUUACUUUGGUUUGCUGCAGAGGUUGUGUUUACUAUUCAUCUAAGAAAUCAACAAUGUUCAGUAAGCUAUUUGUUACAAAUUCCAGCAGUACAUACCUUAUCUGAUAGUACGGCGAAGUUGAAAUGUGGUUCAUACAUGUGAGGAGCCAGAGAAGCAGCUGUCUGCAGAAAAGCUUUUGCCUGUAACAAAAAUGGAAUGAAUUAAACAAUAUAAAACCUA